UUGAACGAACUGGAGUCUACAACCGGAAGUUGUACGUCGUAGCUGAAUUCAGUUGCAGUUCAAAGAGGAAAGCGGGAAACAUGGAGUCCAAAAAUGGCAGUCCUCCGCGCAGACGGUCGGCUAGGCUUUCUACACCAGAGGAGAAACCUGCCGUGAGAAAAACAUUCAUCCUUAAGAAAAUUGUACCACGGAAAACACAGACCUCAGAGGUUAACAAGGAGAACGUCGAAAGACUGUCCAAUGUACCUGAGAAGAGGCCAAAAGUCUCUACACCAACACCUGUAGAGGUUCCACCGCCCAGGCCCACCAUCCUGUCACCGAUCCUGCCCGUCCGGAGUGUCUCCCCUCCGCCCUCGGCCGCAGAUAAGGCUCAGGACGCAGUGUGGAGCCAGAAGGUGCGUCGCUCCUACAGCCGCCUGAGUGGAGACACUUCAUUCGGCAGCCCGCAGCAGCAGCAAGGCUCAGGCUCGCCGGGGGCCUCGCGACGGGAGACGCUCUUUGGGUUUGAGAAGAUGGCGACUCCAAAGGUGAUGAGGUCCAUGACGUCCAAGUCCCUGUCCCUGUCCCUGUCCGCGUCAGCCCCUCAAGCUUCGUCCUCGUGGUGUGGAGUGACGUUAAACCUGUCGGAGGUGGAGGACGGCCUGAAUCGCUCGCAAGAACCCGACCUGAACAUCCCUGGUGUGGCCAUAUCCAAGAAACAGUCCAGGAGGAAGAGAGUACAGCCAAUAAAAACAUCUGAACUGGAUGACCUCGCUGCCAAGAUGAAUGCUGAAUUUGAUGAGGCAGAAGGCUUCGAGUUGCUGGUGGAAUAGUUGGAUUGUGAUGUGUUAUGUAUAUAUUUUAUAUAUUAUUUGUCUUGACAAACCCAUCAGUGACUAAUGUACUACAUGUAUGAUCAGUUGCUUAGCUUUGUAGUCGUUCUACAUCUUCUGUGUUUGCACAAUUUCACAUUUGUUAUUGUUUAUAUUGACUAUUUCUUGCAGCAUUGUCUUUAUUCUAUUCUAAUCACAGUGUUUGGAGGCUGACGUUUAAGUGUGCAUAUUAUGUAUAGAUUUAGUUAAGUUGGUCAACUUCAAUAAAUAUCCUUGUACCUAAAA